AUGUCGUUUGGGUGGUCCGUUGGUGAUAUCAUCGCAGGUCUGAAGGUUAUUUGGGCGGUCUAUGACGCUGUGUCUGACGGCCCUUUGAACGCCAAGUUCGAGGCUACACAGUUUUUCGAUGAGUUCAUCCAUGUCGUCAGUCGCUUGUCUGAGUGGGAGAAGCGGAAAUCCGCGCUUCCUCAAGAUGACCGUCUGGCACAGUCCCACCAGCAACUUCGAGAACAGUGUACGGUGUUUAUCCGAAGGCAUAUGCUCCUGAUCCAGAACGCCAAUCCCCAAACAAAAGCCAUUCGGCCGCGACGAUCCAACUGGCUGCAGAGAGUAGAAUUCACGAAAACACAGGUUCUCACUCUGUAUGAAACGGUAAAAUGGCCAACCGAACAGGACGAGGUUCAAAGGCUUCGAGAGAAGCUGAUGCUGUUCCUCCACCUUGCAGCAUUCGAUAUACAAAUGGCCACACACGGAUUGGUCAGCGAACUACGGUACAAGACCUCUUCUAUGUUAGAUUCCCAUGCAGACUUGGUUUCCUCCAACCUCAAGCUUGUCUCAUCCCAUCUGGAUCUAGUAUCCCUGGUCUCGCUCAAUCUUAAAAGAGUCACUUACCCUCUUGAGCUCGGAAGACAGGCAAAAGAGAUCGAUUAUCCUAUGCUACGUCAAUUUGAGCAAGCUCUUCGCCCACCGAGACCCCUUGCAGUAAUAGAAGUUCCACCUCACCAAAUCGCUCUACCCUGGCAAACUAAUGGUCAAAACGAGCAGGAGAAGGAAGCCGAAUAUGCCUCGGUCACGCGAGCAGCUCCGAUGAGUCAAGACGGUGGUCGAUUUGAUCGAGAUGAAGUUCGCGGGCUUAUUUCGCAACGGCUGGACAACCUAUCAAUGAGGGUCAAGCGUGUCGACACCCUGGAGACAAUUCAAGAAUUCGGACCAAGUGAUGACCCAAACCCAGCUGUCGUCUCAUUGUUGCAGAGGCUACGAGACAUGCGUGGUCAGAUCAGCGAUGCAGUGGGGGUUCUGGGGCUUACUGGGCCUUCGCAAGAUGGCCUCCCUCUCGUGAAAGCCGACCCAGAGGGAGCUUUGCGGCAGGAGCUUGAGGAUUGGAACAAAUUGGAAGAACGGAUUGAGCGUGAGAUUCUACAUCCACCUCGUCGAAGUGAUUUCAAUGCUGGUGGAUCGACAACGCAACCGAUUGACAUCCUGAAACCGCCGCGAAGGACGGCAACCUCCUCGCCACUCUCGCCAACUGCCUCCCCAUUCGAUGCAUCUAGUAGUUGGGGCGCCAGCCGUGGCCUAUCUCCACCUUCUCCCAUGCUGCGACAAAGGCGGAACAGCAGAAGUCUUUCAACCUCCUCUCAUUCAGGCUCUGAAUCUGUACUUUUGGAUCAUGAUUUUCCAGUUCAUUUAUCUUAUGGAGACCAUGUCGUCAACGCCGUCAUCCAAUCAGUGGCAAGAUUCGACGAUGGCGAAGUGAAAUCAAUCUCGUCCAUCGGCCAGAACGGACUUAUCAAGAUCCGACAUUCUAUCGAAUUAAACACGCCCGCCACUAUCGAGACCUCAAUGAAGCCAUUCCUAGAUAACGGACACGUGGACAAAUCGCACAAAAUGCGUGUGCAAUUUAAGGGCUCACACAGUCUCAAAAUCACAACAAUGUCGGAAAGUCAUGGAGAGAAAGUAUUGCGGCUGCAGGUCCCGCCUAUUUACAAAUUCCACAACCCCAAAGAUUACAUCGAAUUCCAAUCCCUCCUCCUAAACAAAGAAAUAAAAGCCAGCUUCGACAUCCAAUACAUCAAAUCCACCGAAAAAGAAAUCCAGUGCCGGCUCGGCACCAUCCGCGUCCUGCUUGAGCCCUUCUUGCGCACCCGAUAUAUCCUCUAUUUCCGGCAUACCGCCGACCAGAAACCGGGAUUCGUGGAAUGGCCUGUUGAUCUGUUUAAAGAGCCGAAAGAGCCAAGUAAGAAGUGCAAGAGUUUGACGCUGGAGAGCCAGAGUGGGAGAACGUUGUCCGGGAGCAGGAGUUUGAGUAGGAGGAGUACGCAGGGGAGUAUUUCGACGAUUGCGACGAUUGAGAGUAGUGCUAGCGCGUUUGCAAGGAUUCAGGAGAGGUCGACGGGAUUGGGGGCGGAGGGGGUUAAGGGGUUGAUUGUCGAGUUUCAUGAGCCGAGUGACUGCCACGAGUUUUGGAAAGAAUUUCGAACGAAAGAACCACUGUUCUCGAGUGAUUCAGGCUUGGGCCUCGACCUCUCACCCACCCACUCCAAUCACUCUCCUCCGUGAAUCACAAAAUGCUUCCGAGAAUCUCCUGGAUGGCCAUAGGGAGCAGGAAGGAAGGUCAAGGCUACGGGACCUAAACGCACACCUUGUCGGAGCAGACAUUCAAAUGUACCAGAAUACGCCAGUACAU